AUGGCGACCUCGUGGCCCCAGCCGAACAAUUGGCCCAACCCAUACCGCGAGCACGCCCACCAACUAGCAAAGUACCUUCGCGGCACGCAGAGUUGUAUCGACCGCUCGCAGAGCCGGUCAGUUCCCGCCGCCCAUGUCACAGCCAUCCUCAUCGGCGCCGCCUCCCUGAUCGCCAAGGUCCAGACUAUCCCGGAUGUGUCCAAGACGAAGACGGCCCUAGAAAGCAUUAAGGCAGAAAUACGAAAUACUACGCAGAGCAUCGAGAAGAACAUCGCAGUCGGCGAGGAGGCCAUAACAGCUGCAAGAGAGGCAAAAGACGUAGGCAUAACAGUUGCCGGAAUAGCGAGGGAGAUCAAGAACAAUGGGACACGCGGCCAUACAGGCCUGCCUAUAAGCUAUGCAGCAGCCGCAAUGAACGGCGCUGAGGGAAACGAGGGAAGCGAGGACGGUAGCCGCGCCGACCAGGACUGCCAAUAUAACUAUCGCGAUCCUAAUCACGAAGACCCUGACCACCACGACGGCUCUGAUGGUCAUGACAGUGAGAUCCAUGAAGGCGAGGGUCAAGGCGCAUGGCGAGAGCGAGACCAAUGGUGGAAUCAAUAUCAUUAG